UGGCACUCGCCACUGAAACGGCCACCGCUUGGAAAGCCCACGCGCGCUUUUCACGAGUUUUCGUGCGUGUUCAUGCGUGGAAAACCUCCAAAACCGCCAAUCAACGCAACUGAUUUAAUUAAAUUCGUCGGAAUUAAAAUAAUUUUUAAUUUUAUUUGUUACGUGAUAACGAUAUUAACGCGUUAAAAUGGAGUUUGUGAACGAGACUAUUAUAUCAACAAAUAUCACAAUUCCGUGCAAUUUUGACCACACUAAUUAUGUGGUCAUUGGACUGUAUGUUCCUGUGGGUUUGAUUGCGCUCAUCGCAAACGUUCUAGUUAUUACGGUGGUUGUCAAAUUUCACUACAUGAGAAACAUAACAAAUUAUUUCCUCGUAAAUUUAUCAAUCGCUGAUCUGCUGGUGACGAUCGUCUGCAUGCCGAUGGGCGCAUGGUCGGCCUACACAAUGUCAUGGAAAUUCGGUCAAUAUCCCUGCAAGCUACUCAAUUACAUGCAAUGUAUAUCAGUAGCAUCCAGCGUCUUUACAAUAACAGCGAUGGCAUUGGACCGCUACAUCGCCAUCAAUCAACCUUUCGCAUUUGGGCCAGCAACGCGGCGCUCCACCAUCACAAUCAUCAUGUUGCUAUGGGCCGUUCCUAUGAUUAUCUUCUCACCACUGCUCAUUGUAACGAACAUGGAAACUUAUCCAUUAGAACCACUCUGCGCCGAGUCAGAGUAUGUCUUCUGUGGAGAAGACUGGGAUCAUGUCGGGAGUUACCUGACAAAAAACGUGUUUAGCACCAUUUUCUUUUUGGUUAUGUUUGCUAUACCAGGAGUCAUCAUCUUUCUGGCUUAUGCUAUGAUGGGUAAGAAGUUGUGCUCGGAUCGGCCGCCUUCAGAUGACAACAAUAGUUUCAGCACUCAACAGAAUUAUCGCAUUGUACGCGAGAGGAAACGAGUUGCAUGGAUAUUACUUCUCCUGGUGGUGAUUUUUGCGUCCUGCUGGUUACCAUACAACACAGCUCGUCUGCUAUUGGAUUUUCAAAAUGUUGCGUGGGGCAUUUCUUACGAUCAGUAUACACUUCUACUUGGACACAUGAACUCCGCACUGAAUCCAAUAAUAUACUGUGUGAUGUCGAAAAACUUCCGUACGUCGCUGCGUCAACUGCUGUGCACCUCACCGAUCAACUACCAUAAUGGCCGCAAUCGACGUCUGCAAGUACAGUGGGCCGACAGCUCUGGCAGCAUGCAGCGCGGAUGCCUGCAAAGGAUGAACACCGGACCGCCGAUACAUGUCCAGCUGCACAUGACGCUUAGUCGACUACAAUCCAGUCAGAAGACGACGAAAACAUGUGCGGUUUAAAUUUAAUUAUUAAAAACAAAACAAGCCAACUAAAGGGUAUUAAAGGUUCGUAUAAUGAGAUUUUCAGAAAAGCUAGGAGUCCGGAGGCAAAAGACUGUUAAGUGUAAUAAAGACAGCCGUUUUAUUAUUUCACAUUUGAUAAAAGUAAUUGUGCAUAAAACGGAGUGGUUUUACGAGCUUAAAUUAUACAGUGUGUAUAGAAAUAUUGGAUUGCUCCUAUGCUCGAUUGAAACUGUCCAAUAUUGGCGAACAUCGGUGAUGGAGUGGAUGGCAACCAGGAUAACAUAUAAAUAUCUAUACUUAACUAAUGCUCAAAUCAAUUUGGUUUAUUUCGUUACUAAACUUACACUAAAAGCAACAAUAUUUUCUAACGUCAUAAAAAUGUCUUUUGUUUUCAGUGCUAUUUUAUUGUUUCCUAUAUUUCGUAUUUUUUUAUAAACUUUAUGAGUGAAUCAUAUAGGUGUGAGAAAAUGCUGCCCCUGAUAUUUUGCUCACUUAAGUAAUAUUUAUAGCCACUUAUCGCAUGACUGUGUCACUACAUACUUCAUUCUCUUAAACUAAAGUGAAGCGUGGUGAAUGGCGUGAACACUGAAGCAACUGAAGUAAAAUGAAACUCUGUGGGCUUAGUGCAAGUGCAGAUUGUAGUAAAUCACCCUUUUUGUUUGGUUGUGGGCGAUGAGUACCACCACGAGAAUAGACGUAUCAAUACAAAAAGAUAAAAAUAUAUAUUGAAUAGACCUAAAAGCGAACGAAAGUGAAGAUGACAUCAAGAAAAUGCUUUUACUACAACACAUAACUAAAAAUUAAGUGGUUCAAGUCUCCGGAGGAAAGAAGAACAAAAAAAACAGGACCUAAGUUUGAAUCCAAUCAAAAUUAUAAAUAUUCGCAUUUUACUCUUGUUUUUAUACAAAUUUUUUUAAAUUUAAUUUCGUAAUUGUCUUAAUUAAAAGUGUUAACAAGGUUAUUAUGUGUAAUUUGAGUUAAGAUCGGGUCUGGAAAGUUUACAACACUCACGAGACAACAUUAUUAUUGUACUCGAGUAUUUGUAGUUAAAAAGUUAGUGCUAACUUUCCAUUAAUAAAAUAAAAAUUAAUUAUAAACAUUUUUCCAUGUAAACGCAAUAUACAAGAUUUUAAUUGUAAAUUAUAGUUUUGAGAACUUUUCAUAGCAAACAUUCAUCAUAAAACAUGCAUCAGUUUAUUGCAACUUGUAAUUUUACUAUUAUAAUUAUAACUAUUAUAAUUUGUGUUAUAAGAGUCUUCUAAAAAUAUCUGCUAUAUUAUGGUAUAUGGUAGGAAUAUCAAAAUUGCCAAUUAUAUCAUAAAAAUUAAUAUCUUUGCAGAUAAUUCAAGAUUUCAAAAUAUGAAAAUGGAUCGCAUUUGUUUUAAAUUAUAAAGAGACUAUUCCCUUGCGAAACCGAGUCAGGCUGCUAGUUAAAUAUAGUUAUAUACUCAAAUUAUAUUGGCAUAUAUUUGCAUGAUAUUAUUCAAGCUGACGUCUUUGGUAAUUGUUUGUUUUAAUGUAUAUUAAGAGUCUUUGAAACGAAAAAAACUGCGAGUAUUUAUAAUUUUGAUCUCAAAUCUUGAUCCAAGCUAAUCAUCGAAAUCAUUUAUAUCAAAAUAUAAUAAUAACACCUCACAUGACCAUAAAAUUCAAGUAAAACGACAAAAAUAGUUGUCAGGCAAUUUCCCCAUAGAUAAAUGUCAAAUUAUUCCCGUGGGCAUCUGGAAAAUGUUUACCACAUACUUACACUCCAUGUACAGAUAAUAUUAAAGUAAAGACUCUAGGAAUGAUACAUGUUACUAUCAUUGUACACCUAUCCAAACAUACCGAAAAUAAUCAUAACUUCAUUCGUUGAUAAUACUCUAAUAAUUGGGGAAUGGAAGUAUGCGUAAAACGUACAUGAUGAAAUUGAUGUAAUUAAUAAAUAUAGGACCUAUAGAUUAUAUUUUAAUAAGUACUUACUGUUAAAUUACGAUCAUAAUAAUUUUAGAUGAAAUUAAUGGAGCAUUGCAUCACAACAAUUAAAAAUGUCAUUGGAUGUCAUGUUUAUUGUUCUAAACGUUGUAGAUUUUAAGUCAUCAUCGUGCAGAUGUUAUAAAUUUCCAAUUUUAAUAAAUUUCAACGUUUUGUAAAA